AUGGCUGUAGGUCGUCCACAGGGUACAGCUGUUUAUAAUGUAGCAGAAUUUUCAAAUAGAUUUGGUAUCCCAGUUAUUGCUGAUGGAGGUAUACAAAACGUGGGUCACAUUACAAAAGCCUUAGCAUUGGGUGCAUCUGCUGUAAUGAUGGGUGGAUUGCUUGCUGGUACCACAGAAUCACCUGGUGAUUAUUAUUAUCAUGAUGGCCAAAGAUUAAAAAAAUAUCGUGGUAUGGGAUCAUUGGAUGCUAUGGAACGUGUAAUCAACAUUAACACUGGUGUAACAGGUUCAGUAGUUGAUAAAGGAAGUAUUAGGAAAUUUUUACCUUAUCUGGUAACGGGUCUACAGCAUGGUUUGCAGGAUAUUGGUGUUAAGAGUUUAACACAAUUAAGAGAGAAUGUUAAAUCUGGUAAAGUUAGAUUUGAAUUAAGAACCAUGGCUGCUCAAGUCGAAGGUGGUGUACAUGGAUUAUAUACAUAUGAAAAACGUCUUUAUUCUUAA